AUGUAUGGCAAUGUUCAGUUCCAAGUAGAGUUCCCAUUCAACCAUGACGUCUUGGAAAGCCUCGAGAAUCGGAGCAUCGCCGACUGGUACCAAAGGAAAAAAGGGCUGAAAAGGACAUUUGGGAAAAGCGGAGAUUUAUCCAGAACGCGGAAGCACAUGAAGCUGUUGAAAUCCGAGCCAAUCAUAGUCGUCGUGGAAGUUGUCCGUCAUCGAAAUUCCUACUAA